CCUUCCGGUAUGCCAGUGGAUACAAUACUCGAGGUGAACCCCCACCCUCUCUGAGAACGAAAUCCCACAGCACAUGUAAUUCAAAUCUCGAUUCGUCCGACUCUUAACCAGCGCAACUCAAAAAUUGAUACAAACGAUCCAGUCAAAUGCCACCAGAGAAAUACCUCAGCAACGCAGCAGUGGAAUACAUUGAAACCCGGGUGGAUGGCAAGCUACAUCCGGCUUUCGAGGACCCCAAUACGGGAAUAAGAUACAACCCGACGAUAGACCAAUUUCUGGACCAGAAACGACUGGAAUUGCAACAGCAGCGACAACAGCAGGAAUUACAAGCCUCCAUUCAACACCCAACGUCCCUGGACAAGUUGGUCGAAGAGCGCAAGGAGAAAUUCCAAGAAGCGCUUGACGCAUACCUCAAAACUCCCUCCGUGGAAAAGACUCCCAGCAAGCUGGUGGGAAAGACGACAUGGGACGAUAUCAAGGAGCUAAUGCGCAAGGCGGAAGAUGAGUACCAGGACGUCGGCACCAUUCGCAAACACUUGCGCAAAUUCAGUGAGAACGCGCCGAUAUUCAAUUCCUGGUUGACCCUGCUGCCGCAGGCCUCCUACACCUCCACCAUAUACGGCGGUUUCAAGAUCAUGUUUGACGCCGCCGGGAAGCUGCACGGUGUGCGCGAGAAGGUGUUCGAGAUACUCGGCGAGAUCCCUGACAGGAUUGCUAAGACACAGGUAUACGCCGAGCUCUACCGGUCUUCAAAGCAGGUACAGGAGAGGAGUGCGGAGUUGUAUGUUGCGAUUUUGGGCAUUUUUGAGCAUGUGCUGGGCUGGUUUGCGAAGAAGCCAGAGAGGAAAUUCGGAAAGGCAUUACUGAAAGGCGAACUCUAUUCUAAGGAGAUUGACGAAAAGGUUUCGAAGAUGAGGGGUGUUGCGAAAAACCUGAGGGAAGAAGCAAAGCUAUGUUUGCACGAGAGUUUAAGGCAGGUGAAGGAUGGAAGCUUACUACAAGAUAGGAGACUCCAAGAUAUGGAAUCAAUGAGCCAAGAGAUCCUCCGCAAUUCACUCAACGCAAAUUACACUUCUCAGAUGCAGGUUCAGAUGUUGACGGAUGUCUACAAUAAGGUAUACCGACUCUUCCAGAGCUCGGCCAACUACGAUAAAGAAACCGGACAAGCAAAUAUCCUGCAGAUUGAGAGAGACGCCCGCGGGCGGGUCGCCCAGCGGAAAGUCUGCUCAACAGAACUUUUGAACUCGCUCUCAUUCUCUCCCGACGACCUCGCAGCCACGGUACAAACGUCUCUGCACUACGGCCACGGUGCAACGGUCGUGGAGAAAGAUCGGGCAAACUGGAUCAUGAAGUCCCAGCACAUGAGCACAUGGCUAACCUCCACAACCCCCAGUACACUGCUAGUAAACGGCAACGGCGAACGUAAGAAGAUCUCCCCGUUAUCGUUCAUAACAGCCCUGCUCGUGCAAUCGUUGACCCAAUCCGACAUUCCUGUCCUACACUACUUCUGCGGCGACAACACCGGCAGCAGUGGUGGUGGCCCUUCAGGUCUAAUAAGUAGCCUGACAGCGCAAUUGUUAACACACUACGAUUUCGACCUGACCACCAUCCGGCACUCGCGAAAGGGCGCACCAAAGACGACGAAGCAGCUGUGCGCCCUUUUUGAAAGCCUCCUCACGCAAUUGCCCGACGACGCAUUGCUCUUCAUACUCAUCGACGGGAUUACCUACUUUGAAAACGCCGACCGCCGCGAGGAGACGUGUCUUGUCAUUGAAAAACUCCACGAGAUCUCGCAGAGCGCCGACGCACUUGUUAAGGUUCUAGUUAUGGCGCCGAGUAAGAGUCGGUAUGUGAUUAAGGUUCUGCAGAGUGAUAGCGGAGGCGAUGGCGAUGGGAAGGGAGGGGGGAUGAAGGAAGGAAGUGGGUGGGGGGUUUUGUAUGUUCCAGUGAACCCGGAUGGUGGGAGAGUGGGGCUUAGUGUGCCGUAUUGGGGGAAGAGGACUAGUGGGAGUUUUACGGACUUGAGAAGGGCAGCGGAGGAGCAGAGUGACAGUAUGGUGGAGGAGCGGGGGGACGGGAGGCUGGGGAGGAAGGGCAAGGGGAGGAGAAGAGCGAGGUCGGAGGACGGGAGAGCGGGGAGGAGGAUGUCAUGAGUGUAGGAGGUGGGGGCGACAGCGGCGGGAGGGGUGUUAUGAUAAUUCAACGAUAUCUGAAUAAAAUAUCUUAGCGCUCGUAUAAUA